AUGAUGAAGGUGGCUCCUCCAAGGAAAGCAUCAUUUACUGAGGUUAUACAAAGAGUUUAUGGUAAUUUUGGGUCCGCUAGUAGUAGUAAUAUCGGCAGCUAUAAUAGUAACAAUCUACAAAAGCAUAAGCAUUAUAUUCAUGAGAGUGAAGAUGAUUUUGAAGAGGAAGAUGGGACCUUAGAACUGGUUCAAAUUGGUGCUGAAAGAACCAAGAAUGUUUUGAUCCUUAUGAGUGAUACUGGUGGGGGUCAUCGUGCUUCUGCUGAAGCCAUUCGUGACGCUUUCAAGCUUGAAUAUGGUGAUGAAUACAGGAUAAUUGUGAAGGACGUUUGGAAAGAGUAUACAGGUUGGCCAUUGAAUGAUAUGGAGGGUCAAUACAAGUUCAUGGUGAAACAUGUACAGCUAUGGAAGGUGGCAUUUCACAGUACUUCUCCAAGAUGGAUACACUCCUGCUAUCUUGCCGCUAUCGCUGCCUACUAUGCCAAGGAGGUGGAGGCUGGUCUAAUGGAGUACAAACCAGAUAUAAUUAUCAGUGUUCACCCGUUGAUGCAGCAUAUUCCUUUGUGGGUUCUGAAAUGGCAAGGCUUGCAAAAGAAAGUGAUUUUUGUUACAGUGAUCACAGAUCUCAAUAGCUGCCAUCCUACAUGGUUUCAUCCUGGGGUGAAUAGAUGCUAUUGCUCAUCAAAGGAGGUUGCCAAGAGGGCCGCAUUAGAUGGCUUAGAAGAGUCUCAAAUCCGUGUUUUUGGCUUGCCGAUCCGGCCAUCUUUUGCUCGUGCAGUUCUCUUGAAGGAUGAGUUAAGAGAAGAGCUUGAACUAGACCCUAGUUUGCCUGCAGUUUUACUGAUGGGAGGCGGUGAAGGUAUGGGUCCUGUUAAGAAAACUGCAUUGGCUCUUGGAGAAUCACUGUUUGACAAAGAACUUGGGAAACCACUUGGGCAAUUGAUCAUCAUUUGUGGCCGUAAUAAGGUUCUUAAAUCUACUUUGGAAUCUUAUGAAUGGAGAAUCCCAGUUAAGGUUAGAGGAUUUGAGACACAGAUGGAGAAAUGGAUGGGAGGUUGUGACUGCAUAAUUACAAAAGCUGGACCUGGUACAAUUGCAGAAGCAUUGAUAAGGGGGCUUCCUAUUAUUCUUAACGACUACAUUCCUGGACAAGAAAAGGGCAAUGUUCCUUAUGUUGUAGACAAUGGAGCUGGUGUCUUCACCAGAAGUCCUAAAGAAACAGCAAGAAUUGUUACAGAAUGGUUUAGCACGAAAACAGAUGAACUCAAAAGAAUGUCAGAAAAUGCCCUUCAGCUAGCCCAACCAGAGGCUGUAUUUGACAUUGUGAAGGACAUUCACGAACUUGCACAAGCACGCGGUCCUCUUGCGAAUAUCCCUUACUCUUUGAAAACGAAAAAUGGGGGUGUGAAUUCUUUAAGAACAUGCUUUGAUGUUUGCAAAGCUUGUGAUCCUCUUAGGGCAUUUUUUCCGGAGGAGUUAGUGGGCUACGCUUAUUUGGCUGAAAUACUGCAAAAGUUCGAACAUUUGAGCCUUGGAAUUGAAAAUGAGGCAGGUUUAGUUGAAAUCAAAAGAGCAGAUACGGUUCAUCACUCUAGUUUCGUGGAUGAGGAGGGAGUGAGAAGAGCUUGUGGCUGCCCUUUGCUUCCGUUGAAAAGUCAUAUAAGGGGUCCUGCACCAGUUUCAGAUCAAGAUAGAACUGAUAUAGUUGAUGAAGCAAUCACAUUCUUUCGCGCCAAUGUUUUCUUCAGAAAUUUUGAUAUUCAGAGCCCAGCAGAUAAGCUCCUUAUUUACUUAACAUUCUACAUCAAUGUGGCUUUGAAGAGGCUUGAGGGUUGUAGAACUUUGGCUGAAGGAACUAAGGCAAUCAUUAACUUGGGUUUGGAAAAGGUUCCUGUGCCUGGAGAGUCUGGUUUUCCUUUUCCUGGCCUUUUUUCGGAUCCUAAAUCUCAGAAGGAAGCAGAACUCUUCAGAAAUUAUCUUAAACAGAUAAGGGAGGAAACAAGUGGGAGAUUGUUGAGUGUUGCAUAUAGACCCAAUGGGACUCCAAACAAAUGGUGGUUGGCAUUUGCCAAGAGGAAAUUCAUGAAUAUCAUUGCUCUUUGA